UCCUAUUUAUAACCUGCCCACGAAGCUCAUUCGCCUCCAUCAUCACCCAACAGCACUCAACCAGAGCAGAGCAUUCGCCACUGUAGCUAGCACUCGCGGCGUGCGGGCAGGGACACGGCGAGCAUGGGUUCGAGGUACGAGGUGGAGGUGACGGUGGGCUCGGCGCGGGACCUCAAGAACGUCAACUGGCGCAACGGCGACCUGCAGCCCUACGCCGUGCUCUGGGUCGACGACGGCCCCAAGUGCUCCUCCCGCGUCGACCUGGACAACGGCGAGAGCCCGGUCUGGGACGAGAAGCUCACCGUCCCGCUCCCGCCGUCCACCGCCCGCCUCGAGGACGCCGUCCUCCGCAUCGACGUCGUCCACGCCAACGCCGGCGGGGGCACCAAGCCGCUCGUGGGGUCCGCGCGCCUCCCUCUGCGCGACGUCCUCGACGACGCCGGCCUCGGCGGCCGCGCGUCCCGCACGCUCCGCCUCAAGCGCCCCUCCGGCCGGCCCCAGGGCCGCCUCGACGUCCGCGUCGCCGUCCGCGAGGCCGCCGCCCGCUACUACGACCCCGCCUACCCGCCGCCCUACGGCCAGAGCCAGCCCCAGUCCCGCGACCCCUACGCGGCCCCGGCGCCGUACGGCUCGGGCGGGUACGGGUAUGGCCAGCAGCAGCCGUACGCCGCGCCGCCGUCCGGCUACCCGGCCGCCUACGGCGCCGCCGCGCCACCGCAGCCCGCCGGGUACCCUGCCGCCUACGGAGGCGGCGCGCAGCCGGCGUACGGCGCCGCUCCUGCCCCCGCGUACGGGUCGGUGAGUGACCCUGCUGCGAAGAAGAAGGGGAUGGGGAUGGGGGCGGGGCUGGCGGUGGGCGCGGCGGCGGGGGUGCUGGGCGGGCUGGCGCUGGCGGAAGGGGCGAGCUACCUGGAGGACAAGAUCGAGGACGACGUGGCGGAGAAGGUGGAGGACGACCUGGCCGGCGGCGGCUACGACGACGACGACUACUAGAGAAAACGAAAACGAUGGGCACCUCCUGAGAGAUUGUUGUACACGCUGGUGCUGACUAGCCAGCAUCUUCUUUGCUUUUAUUCUGGCCGGAUUUGUUGAAUAAAUACGCGAAACAAAUUAACAACGAGUGUAGCAGUACAUCCAAUUGAAAUGUUUUAUGUGGCCUUGGCACCGACAAAUUGUUGAACACAGCAACGUUGCCUACACUGGCUUUGCUUUUA